AUGUUUGAUUCACUCGGCAAAAACGACUCAUCAACGUUUAAUAUCACUUCAGCAAUUGGCAAAACUACUUAUAAUAAUUGGUGUAGCUCAUUAACCAGUUCGGUCUAUUUAUAUGGACAUUUAAUACCUGGAAUCGCUUUAUUCGUCUUCGGGUUGACAUUUAAUCCCAUUGCACUUUAUUAUUUCGCUACUUCACGUAAUUUUCGCCGUUCAGCUUAUUCCUACUACUUUUCUGCCAUCGCUGUUGUCGAUCUCGUUCGAUUGACCGUUUGGUGUCUUUUUUUUCUACUUGAUUUUAAAAUUUUUAAACUGAAUUUUCGUCCAUUUGAAUGUCCGUUUCAGUUAUUUAUCGAAUCAGUUGCAAGUUCAAUUAGUGCUUGGCUUGCAGUAUCAUUGACAGUCGAACGAUGUUUAGUUAUUUACAAGCCAUUACAAACGCUUACAGAUACUCGAGGAAAGCGUGCUCUUCGCUUGAUAUUCUGCGUUGUAGUAUUAUCUUGUCUUGUUAAUUCAUUAGUUUUACAACCUGGAUUUUACGUGAAAAGAGCAUAUCGAGAAAACAGUCAUUCCAUAGUUUGUCAUUAUGAGCAAUCUCCGACGGCAAAUGUAACACUUAUCAAGCAAUCAUCAUUCUUAACUCCGAAUGCUAAACGAAUAUAUUUAUUAAUCAUCGUUAUUUUUCGUGUGGCUGUUCCGUUUGUUUUAUUAUUCACAGCAAAUAUUGUUCUCUUCAUCAGUGUACGUCAAUCUCGACAAGAUUCAUCGAAACUUUCCUCAUCUUUGCUUAUCCGUCAUGGUCAUCAUCGAUCCGUAACGCCAAUGAUCUUUUUCUCUUCAUGUAUUCUUCUUCUCACCAUUUCACCUCGAUAUCUUCUUCAAUUUUACUUAAACUUUUAUCAACGACUUCCCGAUUGUUCGUUAACUCAUUUCGCUCCACAUAUUCUAAAAACUUUAGAAUUGUUCAACUAUGCAUCUAAUGUCUUUGUUUCUAUUGUCAGUGGAAAACACGGCCGAUACGAAUUAUUCAACAUGUUGAUGUGUCGAACAGUUCCAACUCAAACCCUACGAUUCACAACUCCGUCGAGACUUGUUGGUCUAUCCGCUCCUAAUUCGCUUCUCGCAUCGAAGAGUUCCUAUCAGCGUCGAACGAAUCCGAAGCGUAACGAACGAAAUAAACAAUCCGAGAAGCUUUUACUUCCAAAUCUGAAUCAUCUUAAUAGUAAUUCGUAUCAUGAUCAAUAUCAAUAA